GGACAAAGCGGUGCUGGUAAUAACUGGGCGAAAGGCCAUUACACAGAAGGCGCCGAGCUCGUAGAUUCUGUACUUGACGUUGUUCGAAAAGAAGCGGAAAGCUGUGAUUGUUUGCAAGGAUUUCAGCUUACACACUCUCUCGGAGGUGGCACUGGCUCAGGAAUGGGGACUCUUUUGAUUUCAAAGAUCCGUGAGGAAUACCCCGACCGUAUUAUGAACACGUUUAGCGUUGUUCCUUCCCCUAAAGUGUCAGACACCGUCGUUGAACCCUAUAAUGCCACCCUGUCUGUUCAUCAGUUGGUUGAAAACACAGAUGAGACGUACUGCAUCGACAACGAGGCCCUUUACGAUAUCUGCUUUCGGACUCUGAAGCUCACAACACCAACAUAUGGCGACUUAAACCAUCUUGUUUCCGCCACAAUGAGCGGUGUAACGACUUGUCUACGGUUUCCCGGCCAGGUUUACUAAAAACUUUUUAUCUUUUUUUUUCUAAAAAAGAAACAAUAGUUAAGUUAUGGUAAAUUUGACCACAGAAAUAAAAUUCCUUUAUAGUCGUGAAAUUACUGCUUUUUUAUACGUUCCAAAAACAUGAAUUUAUGCACAGUGUUAGAAAUGUUGCAACUCAAGCUCAAACUAAUGUUUUUGUCUGCUUGACUCUGUUAUAUAUGUUUUAUAUACAAGUCAUAGGUCAGCAAGUUUUAUGUCCAAACGUUUGAUUUCCAAGUUAGCUUGAACACCCUUUCGAAGGCCAAGGCUAUUAUAUUAAAUGUAAUCAUGCUAAACAUUUACGAUCACUUCAAUUUUUUUCCUGUUGUUUCAUCAUGUUUUAGCUUAAUGCUGAUUUGAGAAAACUUGCUGUGAACAUGGUUCCAUUCCCUCGCCUUCACUUCUUUAUGCCUGGAUUUGCGCCGCUGACCAGCCGCGGUUCCCAGCAGUACCGUGCACUCACAGUUCCAGAGUUAACUCAGCAGAUGUUUGAUGCCAAAAACAUGAUGGCAGCCUGCGAUCCUCGCCAUGGCAGAUACCUGACUGUCGCUGCCAUGUUCCGUGGCCGCAUGUCCAUGAAGGAGGUCGACGAACAGAUGCUGAAUGUACAAAACAAGAACAGCUCCUACUUCGUGGAAUGGAUCCCUAACAACGUCAAGACUGCAGUAUGCGAUAUCCCUCCUCGCGGCUUGAAGAUGUCUGCCACCUUUGUGGGUAACAGCACCGCUAUCCAGGAACUUUUCAAACGCAUCAGUGAGCAGUUCACUGCUAUGUUUCGGCGCAAAGCUUUCUUGCAUUGGUACACUGGGGAGGGUAUGGAUGAGAUGGAGUUCACUGAG